ACUCUUGGGAUUGCUGGGGAUUCACCUUGUUCUCCAUUCUUGAAAGGGAAUUCUCCUUUUGGGUAUUGAUAAAAUACCAACCUGGGUGGAGUUACUGGAGUAUGUGUGUUUUUUCCUCAUUGGAUCUAGAUUCUUUGUUUGAUGUGGUUACUGAAAUCUAUCCUGGGUCUUUUAUAUUUCAGCUGCCAUCUUUUGCUUCAGAGAAUGUGAUCUAUUCUGAUUGAGUGGGGCCUGCUGAAAUCCAUUUGUGUCAUCAAGAAAAUGUCCUAUGCAGUUGAUAAGGAAGGCAUUGCUUCUCAAUGGGGCCAUCCAAGAUUGAAAGAAAUACUAAACCCGGAAGGGUCACCUUGCGGCUGAAAUAUUCAGCAAGGCAACCUAGGCUUUUAGUCCUGCAUCCCCUCCCCAACAGCUUGGGUUCUGACCAUCUGAAGUGUUCAGCAAUAUCCACCACUCUCCGCAACAACUGAACCCCUCAUUGAUCGGAAACUUGGAAAACCUACCGGCUAUCACUCUUUUACAAUGCUAUCCUGGAGCUUCACUUUGUUUCUCAUUGCCAUUUCUGUCUUAUCCUCCCCAUCAUCUUGCACAUUUACUAUAACAAACAACUGCCCUCAUACCAUCUGGCCUGGCACACUGGCGGGUUCGGGUACGCCGCAGCUUCCUACCACUGGAUUGCAAUUGGAGUCUGGCCAGAGUAUCAGAAUUCCAACAUCUCCAGGAUGGUCGGGUCGAAUCUGGGCGAGGACAGGUUGCACAUUCGAUGAGUCGGGAGCAGGCACUUGCCAGACUGGGGACUGUGGUGGGAGGCUGGAGUGUGAUGGGAUUGGGGCUGCUCCACCCACAUCACUCUUUGAGAUAACCCUAGGAGCAGGUACUGAUAAAGAUUUCUAUGAUGUUAGCUUUGUGGAUGGAUACAAUCUCCCACUGAUUGCUGUACCAAGAGGAGUUUAUGGUGGCUGCAAUGCUACAGGCUGUGCUUCAGACAUCAACAUAGGUUGUCCAAAAGAGCUUCAGGUGGUGGGGAAUAGUGGAGAGGAAGGGGGGGUAGUUGCAUGCAGGAGUGCUUGUGACGCAUUUGGGCUGGACCAGUACUGCUGCAGUGGGGAGUUUGCAAAUCCAUCAACAUGCCGCCCAUCCUUCUAUUCCAGCAUCUUCAAGAGAGCUUGCCCCAGGGCUUACAGCUAUGCUUUUGAUGAUGGCACAAGCACUUUUACAUGCAAGGCUUAUGAGUAUGCCAUCAUCUUUUGUCCCAAUGCCAAUGGGAUGAAGAGGUCGAGUGAUCCACUUCCAGGUCCAUUAUUUCAAGGGCGGAACAAUGGAGAGAUCGCGGGGAUGGUUUCCUCUUCAAACAUCAUCCUACCCUUUUCAUUGUCAAUCCUUCUCCUCCUCCUCCAUUUACUAUUAUAAGCACCCCUGAUGGCUUUGUGGCUUGCUUCCAUGAACUGAUUCUUUAUGCUGUAAAAUAGAACCUCUUUUGUACCAUGCUUGGAAAGAAAUAGAUUGUAUCUAGAAGGAAUGCAAGACGAAGAGUUAUUCGCAAGUUGAGAAAUCCCUUUGAAUUGGUUCAUGAUCCAUAGAUGAAUGCUAUGAAAAGUUUGGGAGUUUGGCCUAUCGAUUUUUGGCAAACAAAUCAGAAUGACAAACUGCAUUCAACAGGUCAUGUCCAUUACACAAUCUACCAUCAUGGACUACUGGUCCCAAAUAGAAGAAAUAAAGACUAGAGAAAAAUAAAUCACAAUUCUGAUUUCUGUUGUUUUCUUAUUGACUAUGAAAAUUGGAAGCAAGUCACUAGGGAUUGAUUACUUGAUGAUUCAUAGUAUGUAUCAUAAAAGAAUAAAGUGUACACGAAAAACCUUUUCA